AUGUUCAAACCAUCGUCAUAUAGUUGGUGUUGUUGGUGUAGUGUACCCAGUGUGAAAAAUCGUCCAAGUGCUGUUGUUCAUCAUCUUACAUAUAUUCCAUAUAAUGAAAAUAAAGACGAAUUAAUUCCUUUAAAUUCCGUUCAAAAUCAAGGCUUUGGAACUGAAAAUGAACCAUUUAUUGUUUAUCGAAAUUCUCAAUUAAUUGGAAAAGAAAAUAAACAUUUACGUUUUGUUUGUAUGUCGGAUACUCAUAAUGAGAUUGCAGAUGUUCAUAUUCCAAAUGGUGAUGUAUUUAUUCAUUGUGGUGAUGCUGUUAAUCAUCGUACAAGUUCUCGUGAUAUAGUCAGAUUCAAUCAAUUCGUUGGUCAACUCCCUCAUAAAUAUAAACUUUUUGUUAGUGGUAAUCAUUGUGUUUGUCUUAAUCCAAAACAACCAGAUCGAAGUCAAAAAUUACUCAAUAAUAUGAUUUAUCUUCAAGAUCAAUUAAUUGAUAUUGAAGGUGUACGCAUUUAUGGUAGUCCAUGGAGACCAAAACGUGGUUGUUUUUAUCGAGCCGAAGCAUUUGGUUAUAAUCCAAAACAUAUACGUGAAGAUAAAUGGUCAAAAAUUCCUCAAGAUAUUGAUAUUUUACUCACGCAUGGCCCACCUUAUAGUAUUCGAGAUUAUAAUGUAUCAACAAAAGAACCAUUAGGUUGUCCAGAUUUAUUAGAUGAAAUUGUUACAAGAAUUCGACCACGUAUUCAUCUUUUUGGACAUAUGCACGAAUGUCGAGGUGCUAGUUUAUAUAAAAGUGAAGAUAAUCGAUUAUUAGAAGGUGAUGAAUUUCAGAAUCAAUCGAAUGAUAUUCUUUUUGUUAAUCUUGCUGUUCAUCAAGGAAAAACACUUGGUGAACCAACUGUUAUUGAUUAUUAUUAUUGA